AGUGCGACACAGUCAGAGGCUUGUUUUGGGGAAUUCCCUGGGUUGCUCCAAGAUGGCGCCUGCGUCUGGCAGAGGCGCUUGAGGAGCGGGCUCUGCGCUCUUGGAGGGCUGCCGAUGGCCCUGAGGCCGCCGAGGCCGGUCUGGUAGUCGAGGCUGCCCUCAGCAUGGCCUCCUCGGCCGGGCAGAGCGCCCAGAGCGGGCCCAGCAAGGAGCCCAAGCGAGGGGAAGCCGGCGACGACUGGUGUGACAGCGGCCUGGGCUCCCUGAGCGAAGGCCAGCUGGGGCAGCUGCAGGAGGAGGCAGCAGCAGCAGGCCUCUUGGGGGCCCCGGGCCACGAGGAGAUGAAGCCUGGCGGGGAGCCUAAGAAAGGCCUCCCCGAGGAAGAGGAAGAGGACCUGGAGCGCCUGGACUCGGCCCUUGGGGACUCCUUGGCGGGCGACGAGGACGUGGGCGACAUCGUGGAAGGGGUGCAGGCUGUGCGCCUGGAGAAGAGCGAGGCCUCGGUGGCCCCUGAGGCCUGGCUCCACCACGUCCUGGGCUUCGUCACCGAAGAUGGAGAUACGGCUCUCCACUUGGCGGUCAUCCACGAACACGAGGCCUUUCUGGAUUCCAUCCUCCAAUACACUCAAGGGACGGAUUACCUGGACAUUCAGAACGACCUUGGACAGACGGCGCUCCACAUCGCAGUCAUCCUGGGGGCAUCUGAUUUCGUUGGCAAGCUAGUCUCAGCAGGAGCCGGUCUAUCUGUGCAAGAGAAAGGAGGACACACAGCACUACACCUGGCAUGCCGGGAAGGACAGCGGGGUUGUGCACAGCAACUGCUGGCACCAGCCAUGGGACAAAGGCCUUGUGAAGGGAACAGUUCCCGGGCCCAGCUGGACUGCACCAACUAUGAUGGCUUCACACCCCUGCAUCUUGCAGUUUUGCGAAAAGACAUGGACAUGGUCAAUCUACUGAUCUCUGGGGGAUCAGAUCUCAACAAACCGGAGCUGAGUUGUGGCCGGAGCCCCCUUCACCUGGCUGUGGAGUCACAGAGCCCUGAAGUGGUAGAGUACCUGUUACGUGCUGGAGCUAACCCUGAGGCCCGCAUGUAUGUUGGCUACACCCCCAUGUACAGUGCCAUCCAUCGGCCCAAUGAAAAAAUCCCACAGCUGUUGCGAGCCUUUGGCUCAGAAGAGCCCGACUGGGACUCAGAGGAGAGCCUGGAUAGCAACAGUGAGGAAGAGUAUGACGACAUUGUCAUCAACUGUGGACGUUAGAAAGACCAGUUCAGGGGGAGACCGCUUUGUCCCCUGGGACCCCGAUCCAUUAAACAUGCCUCCCACCAUGGCAGCUGGCUGUGAUUUCUGUAGCAACUGCAUCUUCACUGUGAGCUAGAUCUGUUUUAUUUAUAAGGGCAAGGCUGCGGAUGUCUAGCAGAUCCCUGUGCCCCAUUCCGACGUAACCUCAGUGGUUGCUUUGUUUUUCUGUCUGGUUUCCCAAGUCCUCACGAUUUAUGUCUGUUUUGAUGUUUGAUAUCCAGCACUGAAGAGCAUGCUUUGGGAGGUGGGGUAUACCUGUUUCAGAUGCCUUUCCAUCUUAGAAAUGAACAUCUCUUGUUUUUCUCCGGAUCCCUCCACUUCCAUUUCUGCCUCCUGAAUCUUGCCUCAGUCUUAAAUGUGGUCUUAGUGAACCCUGGAGCUGGGACAGUCAUCCACAUCUAGGCAUCCGCAGUGCAGAAAUAAUCUAGUUUGACACCACUUAAUGCUUCUGGAAUUCUGGAAGUAAUUCGUUGUGACACCAGAGCAAAGUUCUGGUGCCACAACAAACUACAGUUCCCAGAAUUCCAUAGCAUUGAACCAUGGCAGUAAAAGUGGUGUCAAACCGGGUUAUUUCUGCAGUGUGGAUGCAGCCCUAGUCCCAAGGUGUGAAUUGUUUUGGAUUUACAGGAUUUAUUCCUAAUGUGGGAACCUGUUACCGGGUUUUUGUCAAAAGUUUUAUUAACAUCAUAUUUACUCGUGAGUGUUUGAAACCACAUUGUGGAUAAUUCAGGGUCAGUAUACAUGCACACUCUGUCAUGUUUCCUUCUUCCAUUUCUUGGAGUUUGCUUUUAAAACCCUCCUCUCUGCUAAAGUUAGUUUCUUUUUAAAAUAAGCAGGAUUUGGAGUGGGAACCAAUAGGCCCUAAAAGCAGGGGACUGGGAAUGGCAGCUGAAGGGGAAAUCCCUAUCACUGUCAGUGGAUGGAACAAGGACUAACUUGUGGAAUGACUCUGACCCGGGAUCUGUGACAUGCUGUGACUCUGAGUAUAUGAAGACUGCUUUUUUAUUAUGUCACUAACCAGCUGGUAACCCUCCUCCAAGGUUAGGGAUCAUCGCCUUCCUUUGUCUUUUUUCCCCCUUCUCCUAGAAGUAAAACCACUAUCAAGAGCAGUUCUUUCCAAGAAGAGCUAGUGAGAGCCCAGAGCUGACUCUAGCUAUGUAGAUGCUUUUCUAGCUUUCUACCUCCUUCUGGCUAUAUGGUUUCUCCCUAUCCCCUUCUUUCCCUGUGUAUGUUCUCCUUUUAGAUUCAUGCCACUGUAUCUUCCCCUUUCUUUUGUAUAUGUCAAGAAUGGGGAACUUGUAGCCCUCCAGAUGUUCUAGGGAUACAGCUGCAAGCAUUGCUAAGCAGUGGCUGUGAUGACUAAGCCUCAUGGGAGUUGGAGUCCUGCAGGACCACAGUCUCCCCAUCCCUAGUAUACUUAAUAUCUACCAGAGCCAGAUGAGCUACCUUUAGGGGGGCUGGGAGGAAGAAUGGUGAGAACAUCAUUAAAAUAUAGGUAUUUUUGGCUCCCCUGAGGCAGGGAGAGUUCUAGAGGGCACCAAACAAGAGGACUGCCAUAUUGGAACUGUGAAAAGGUCAGAGUGAUGCACAGCCUGUAGUUUCUGCUGCCUAUGGGAAACACCUGGGAUGUAUAGCGGUGUUUUUUUGUGUGCAGGAGAGUGGGUUUUCCAGGCUGUGUGGCCCUGUUUUGCCACAUAGCCUGAAAAACCCACAAAAAACUAAGGAUGCCAGCCAUGAAAGCCUUCGACUUAACUUUGAACAUCUCCCGGGAUGUGCAUCUGCUUCUUUCCCCAUAUAAAAAAGGUGGGAAUAAUGCAUAAAGUUUAGGUGAUAUGGCUUGUAUUGUUUUCAGUAACGGAAGAUGGUAAAAUAUUGGACACUGCAGCCCUGGCAGAGUGUCUUUCUCAUGACUGCUAACCAGAAAGUCUGCCUCUCCCCCCCCCCCUUAGUCUGGGAAGAUUAGUCUUUGGGAAAGUUAACGUUUUUAGAUUGCAGUUCCCAGCGUCCCCUAGGCAGUGUGAUCAUUGCAGUCCGAAAAAAGGGUAACUUUCCACAGUAGUAGCUGCUCUGAGGCCAAGCUGAGACAUUUGAAUGCAAUUCUUGGGAAACUUCUCAGUCCCAGCUGCUCUCAACUAGGAAGAGACAAUACCUUCCGUGAGAAACCUCUAGCCUUUAUUUUGUAGGCUUCUUGAAUAAAUGCAAGUCAGCAGCUCCACUUCUUCUUUUGGGUGCAGGGGGGCAGGGGGUUGUGUGCUUCAGUUUUGCCAGAGUGUGCGUGUUCACUAGCACAGCUGCCACUCCAAACCCUCUCUACCCUGUAAACAAAGCUGUGUCACCAUUAGUGACAUACAUAGCAUUUUCACACUGCUCAGGCCAUCAGAUGGGGCCUGGUGAACUCUACAACCCCAAAGGCAGCAAGAAGGAAGGCUCAGCUGAGAGGGAAAAGGAAGGGAAUGGGAUGGGCAUUGGAGUCUGAACACAUCCAGAGGUCAAUAUAUCGGGGCCAACAGCAAACCCACCAUUUAGGUAGGCCAUGGAUUGUUUCAGGAAGUUGGAGUUUAGACUGGAGCAGGAGGCAGGACAGAGGUCUUAUAGCGUAGCCUUUGCAUGCUGGUUGUGGAUGAGGGUCUGAACAAAGAUGGAAGGCACCAUGUUGAAAGAGGCUGUUCUAGAGUAGAUGCUGGAGGACUGCAGCAGCCAUUGGUGAGCAGUUGGGAGCUGUAGCCCUUUAGCCUAACCAGGGCUGUGGUUUUGUCCCGCGCAAAGUUGUUUUGGAGUUGGUGACAUGACCACAUGAAUGAGGGGCUGUGUGGAUUCUGCCAGCAUUUGAUAAACUGACUUUUGAAGCUGCACAACGCACUGGACUUUUUGGAUCAGUGAGGCAUUUUCUCAUCCAAUGUAUACACAGCCUCUGCCUGUUCAGCAAAGAGAAAACUGUCACACAUUGUAUACAAAACUUCAAACUCCUCCGCCCCAUCUUAAGGAAUUUGUUCCUCUAUUCCCCGUGGCUUGAUGUUUUGAAGCUACAGUGUGGUUUUCCUGUGACUUUGUUGUUUUAUUCCACGUCUGUAACUCAGUUCUGUCUCUCUGCCUCUUUGUGUUUAUUGUAUUAUGUAGGUCCCUCCAAACAGAUCUGAUUAAAAGCUGUGGAUUUCUGUGUG